GUCACACCGCUCUCCACCUCUACCGCCGUCGCCGCCUGGCCAGCUGUCACCGAGUAACCUGACAGACAUCACACCGAAAACAAAAAAAGGCGCUCUGCUAUUGGAGGCAGGGAGGAGAGCCAGCAGCAGCAGCAGCAGCAGCCCGGAGCGCGGGGAUACUCCACAUCUCCACAUCUGCUUCGGAUGCUCCAGAUGAGUGUACUUGCUGCAGCGGCACAGAAGUCAGACAGCAGCAGCAGCAGCAGCAGCAACGGUGACAUGCAGUCGGCCGCAGUGGCUCCCUCCUUCAUCCCCAGCCAGCCAGGGAAGAUACCGGGCAGGAAGAGGGGCAGGCCCCCCCUCCGCAGCGUGGCCAAGAUGGAUUUCCCCAACCGGUACCCCGAGUCGCUGCCGCCGCUCAAAGUGCCGAAGAAGAGGGGGAGAAAGCCGGGCUUCAAGCUCAAACCGCGGAUGGUGAUGACCCCUCUGGCUAUUUCUCCACCCAGCAGCACGCCCGAGCCUGAUAUGAGCUCCAUCCCUCAGGACGCUGCCACCAUCCCCCAUUCGGCCACAGCCCAGGUGCUAACAGGUAAAAAAAAAANAAAAAAAAACAUAACAGUUAGGAUCAUAUGA